AAUCUUCUUUCCGUCUAAACCAAUCAACUCUCUCCAAACUAAAAUCUUACCCCGAAACAAAAUUUUUAUUUCACUGAUUUGAUUUAACUAUUUUAAAAGACAUACCCAACCAUGCUUCGAUCCAAUAGCUCUAUCCAUACACUAAGGUUUAAUCCUAUCAACAACCUCAACCUCAUAACAAAAAGAUUUAAUUCCAGUUUAUCCUCUUUAAAGCUCCAUCAAAAUGUCUACAAAGAAAGUAUGUCCAGAUUAUCUCAACAAACAAUGAUCCUAACCUCUUCCUUCACUUUACCUCAAAAUGAUAACCAACUACACAACCAUAUAGACUCAUUUCAUGGUAUGACUUUAUCCUCUGUUGUUUCGCUAUCUGUCAACCCAACCACUUUAAUUCAAUUCAACUUACAGCUCCCUUCUUUUACAAGCCAGACUUUGCAUAAAAAUAAAUGGUUUGCUAUCCACUUACUACCUCCAAAUCAAAAUUCGGUUAAAUUGGCAAACCUAUUUAGCAAAGGUUCAAAAUAUCUUAAUAAUAAAACUAAUAAUAAUAUUAGUCAAACAAAACCAUUUUCAAAUUUGAAUAAUAAUGAAUAUUCAUUCUUUAUUGAUUAUUUAAAUACCAAUAAUGUCAAUAACAAUGACAAUAAUAAUGACAAUAAUAAUGACAAUAACAAGAAUGAUAACAUAAAUGAUAAUGUCAAAGAUUUCAUAAACAACACCAAUGACUCGAUUUACAACCAAAUUAACUCAUACUUUCCAAAUAAUUCCCUAAAUAAUCAUCUUCAUAAUAAUAUAUAUAACCUAUUGAAUUCAAACAACCUAAGUCAAACUAUAAACAAUCAAUUUAAAAGUUUAAACAACCAAAACCAUACAAUUCAUUCAUUGUUUAAAAAAAACAAUCUAAAUAUUCCAAUUCUAAUCAAUUCUGAAAGAAUCUUCAUUUGUUUCAAGAAAAACAUCUUUAGAGUUUUCGAUCAUGAAAUUUGGAUAGCUGAAGUCAGAGAUAUUCUAAUUAAUAAAAAUUUUAAAAUUAAUACUAAUAUCAAUACUAACGAUAUUAAUAAUCUAAAUAAUACUAACCAGAACGAUAACAAAACUGGGGGUUUAUUAUAUUUUAAUAGAGGUUUUUAUAAAAUUGGGGAAAAAAUUGAAUGACAGUAUAAUCAAUCAAUAAAAAUUUAAAUUGUUAAAAAAACAAAUUAUUAUUUAAACAAAGAAAAAGAAAUAAAGAAGUGAAAAAAAAUUAUAAAUUAUAAAGGAAGAAAAGGAUAAAGGUAUAAAAUAUAUAAAUAUAUAAAGAAAUAAUUAAUAAAUGAAGAGUUAAGAUAAUGAGGUUGUUGCUUUUUUUAAAAAAAUAUGAUGAACCGAAUAAUAAAUAUAAAAUAGAUAACUCAAUGUGAUAAAACAAAAAUAGCAAUUAGCUUAAUCCUGAAAAAGCAUAGCAUAGCAUAGCAAAAAAAAAAAAAAUAAUUGGAAAUUAAGAAAUAAAUUUAUUGUACAGAUUAUAAGUUUUGAAUCUAAUUUUUUGGUUCAUUAAUCAAUAAUGAUUGAAAAAAU